GGCCAACGAAAAAUUUUCUUUGUUUUUUCCGUCAUUCAUUGAUUUGAUUACAUAUUGAACUGACCACUGAAAUAAUCAAUAAACGCAUUAAGAAGUUCAAGUGAGUUUCCGUCUCAUGAAACCAUGAGUGAACAAUUUGCUUCAAGUCAACCUAUGAAUGAAGCUUCCUCCUCAUCGGAUGAUGAAAUUCUACAUGAAUGUACGACUAGUGUGGAGGAAGUAUCAGAUUUUCAACUGGCGGCUCUGAAAUUCCUAGUUCGCCUGGAGGACCAGUUCCAUAUGAGUCAGUCUGGUGUUCCAUACGUUUGCUCCAAAAUGCAAGAACUCCUGGAGCACUACAAGAAGUCUGAUGAACACGGUAGUCAACGAGUAAUUUUAGAAAGACUUAACUCCGAGAGAAAAUUGCGGAAGCAGCUGGAACAACAUUGCUCUUUUGUUCGUCCUAUCAAAACUCCUGUUGGUUCUUCCUUCGAAGAAGAUACAAGACCUGGGCAAGAAAACGUUUCUAAGACUGAGAGCUACUGCAUGGUCGUACCUUUGAAACAGAGCCUAGAACAACUGUUCAAGAACAGAGAAGUGAAUGAAAUGAUUUUUCCAACAGAUGACCCUGGAAAGAAACCAGGAUACCUAUGUUCGUCCCUGGACGGUGAAAUCGCUAUGAAGCAUGCAAUCCAUAAGGUGUCUAACAAACCACUUUUUUUCCAAAUCUACACUGAUGAUUGUGAAUUCGUAAACCCGUUAGGGUCCCACGUUAAAGUUCAUAAAAUGACGAUUGUGUACUGGUCACUCUUAAAUCUUCCCCCACAUGUACGAUCAAGCCUGAAGCAGAUAUUUCUUGUGGGUAUUGCUUAUCAAACAGACAUUAAACAUUACGGCUUCUCCACUCUCCUAGAAGACUUCUUCGACACAAUUUUAGUACUCGAGUCUCAUUCUGGCCUUUCACUAAGUGUCGGAGGAAAAGAAAUGGUUAUACAUGGCACCCUUCUAAAUUUUGCUGGUGAUGGACUUGCUCUCAACUUAGUGGGGGGCUUUAAAGAAUCUUUUGGAUUUGCGUCCCACCCUUGCAGAAACUGUAUCAUUUCAAGAGCAGAUAUGAACUUACUGCAUCUUGAAUGUGAAAUGCCCCUGCGUAACGCAUUGCAACAUAAAGCUGUUUUAGAACAGUUACAUUGUCCUAACCUUACACAAAAAGAAAAAGCAACAAUUAGCACUCAGUCUGGAGUGGUAUGCAGGUCAGUUUUGUACCAAAUUCCAUCAUUUGAUAUCACCAGCUGCCUUCCGCAAGACACCAUGCAUAAUAUUCUUGAGGGAUCCCUUGAUUUAGAAAUGAAAGAGAUGCUCAACUUUUUAAUCGAGGUACAAAAAAUCAUGACCUAUGAGGAUUUAAAUGAAAGAAUUCAAAAAUUCAAUUACCCUAAUUGCUUUAAAGAUGCUAUGCCUUCUUUGAUUGAACGCCAUCAUGUUGUAGAUGGCAAUUUGCGCCAAAGCGCAGCUCAGACCAUUACCCUGCUUUUUGUGCUUCCCUUCAUUUUAGCCCCAUAUUUGGAUGAUGAGAACAUACAUUUCAAAAAUUUCCUUUUGCUCUGUCAGAUUACGAAUGUCAUGUUGUCGUUUGAAGUAAAAAUUUCAAGCAUCGCCUACCUCAAAAAUUUAAUCAUGGUUCACAAUGCCAGGUAUUAUGACCUCUAUAAGAACAUUACCCCAAAAAUGCAUUUCCUCACGCAUGCACCAACUGUUCUGACUAAUUUUGGACCCUCAAGAGAAACAUGGACCAUGAGAUAUGAAGGAAGACAUGCUUUUUUGGGACAGGCUACACUAAACUGUAGAAACUUCAAAAACUUGCCAUACACACUGGCUUACAAAUUUCAAGUUAGGAAGUGUGUUGAUUUCGAAUUUGGUGACGAAGCCGCAAAGGUUUUAGGCGCAAAUACAUUCAAAUAUAAACUUGGAAAUUUGGUUGACAAAAGAUUAAUAAAAAUGGGUCUUGCAGUUGGAAGACUCUUAGACAUUGCCUCAGACGAAAAAUUCUUGCAAAGUGCUGUGUCAGUAACAUACAAAAAUUUUUUUUUUGAGCAAAAUGUUGUAGUGCUGCUUGAACAUGAACCUGAAUUGUUCCCCCAGUUCGCAUUAAUCGCUGCUAUGUUCGUCUUAAAUGACCGUUGCGUGUUUGUAUUAAACAAUUUAGAGACUAUAACUUUUGACAACAUGAGGAAUGCUUUUGAAGUGAAAGAAACCAACUUGUUUCAUUGUAAGGUUUUGAAAGAAUUGUCUGUUCAGCAACCUUUUCCUCUGUUCCUUGUCCAUGGAAAGCGUUAUGUUGUUUUAAAAUUUUAUGACCAUUGUGAAUUUGUUGGUUAAAUC